AGAAAAGAGUGGAUAGAACCCAUCGAACCUGAUUGCCCUAUGGCCAACGAAUUCAGCAGCUAUAGGGCACAGCAAAUAAGUGGGCAUAACGGUUGGGUUGCCAGUAGGGAUCAGUGGGUGCCACCGUGUUGUGCGAAGAGGAUGUGUUGUGUACAAUUUCUUUCCUAGGUCCAUGUGCAGUAACCAAAGCGUCAAGCUAAUGUAACGUAUUUAAAAUUUGAUUCGCUUUCAAUUUCUCCAACGCGAUUGAAUCGCUAAAAAGUCCUGAUUAUAAAGUGGGACAAACGGCAAGAGAUUUGAUAAUGAUAGAAGGUACAUUGCUGAUAAUCUGAGACGUACGUUAUAAUUCAAAAAAUGUAACCUCAACUGCUUGGGCUUACAAAUCAAGUCAACAAUGAUAUAACUCGCUACACACAUCCCAACUCCAAUUAUGUUAGUGCAGGUUAGGCAAUUGAAAAAGGCUAAUAAAAUAACACCACAUCUUCGCGAACCAGUUGAACGCAAGAACCACAUAGAUUUCAGGAUUCCAUCAAAGCUUGUUCGAACUUGAAGUCGGGUGACGUAAGGGUGACGUUUGGGUGACGUAAGGCACUAAAAUAAAGAGCAGAGAUUAGGAGGUAGAAUUUCCACGCGUAAUUUAGUCGGAUUCGGUCCUCGCUCUAAGCAUCAUUACGCACGAAGGAAAUAUUAGGACGUCCUCGAGUUUGUAAUUGUUAUAGCUCUGUAGUUGCAAUAUUAAUUUUCAUUGCGUUCUAUGUAUGUACGUACGUGCUGUGCAAUCUUACCAGGCUGCAACAUGAAGGGUUUAUUACUGUAUUUUUAUAUUAUACUACAAAUGUGGAAAACGAUUAGUUGUGAACAGAACGUUCCUGAGGACGCAUUGUCAUCCAUCAGUUUUACGGAUGAACUAGAUGAUGCGUUAUUAUUGGAUCCAUUUUCAUUCGAUUAUGAUAGGGCAAACAAAAAAAUGACCAACAGGCAAAAGACUAAAUCGAUCAGGAACAAUAACGUUUGUACCAGUGGUCCUCAAUGUUCAAGAGAUAUUCCAAGUGAGUCGGUACAACUCCAAAGUCUACGAUCAGACAUUGAACCCGAAGGUCCUUUCAUCAAAAGGCUGAUUAACUUGUUGCUUUCAAAUGCAAAGUUGAAGGAGGAUGGUGAUGUAAUGAGUGGAUCAGUAAUUCUAUCUGGAACAAGAGCACAGAUUCAAAAACUUCGAGAAUAUGGAGAUGGUAAAGUUACGAUACGCCAAGUUGAUGCCAUUUUUAGCGAGAUUCUCACACCGGGCACUGCUGCGUUUACAGAGGCUCUCACAUUGAUUGGACACAUAUGCCUGACUAUUCAUCAAUAUAAAGGAAUCUUGAUGGCACUGUGCAUUACUAUAGUCACACUGAUGUGGAUCAGAUAUGUUAAUUGGAGUACUGGUAAAGUGAUCGUUGUCUUCUUGGCAGCUGUUUUGCUUGCAAGUUUUCUCAUGAUCUGGUCACAGCUAAUUAAGGAUAGAGAACUUGAACUGCUGACAAUGGCCAGAAAAUUCGAAAAACCUCCUGUCCAAUGUAAUCCAGAAAAAAUGUAUUUCUGGGAUAUACUACUCACUUAUCUCAAAAACAAGGAUGAAUGCUUAGAAUAUUACAAGGCGAUAGAAUCAAAUGCAUUUCUGGAAGUGACUCCGCUGGAUGCAUUGGUUGAAGUCUUCGAUAGGCUCAUACUACACCCGGCAUCACGCUGUGGAACGGUAUUUGGUGGCUUUGUAGAAAAUGCAACUAAGAAUCUGUGGUUUCCAAUGAACUGGAUUGUUACUAUUGUACUGUAUAUCAUGAUCCCUGCAAUUGUAUUGAUGCUAGCGCUUUCUGCAACUGGUGGUCAGCUGGGUGUUGCUUUUGGCCCAUUCUUCAAAUUCUUCAUAGGAAGACAACAGACUCAAGACACACCACAUUUACAGUAUGAAGAUACUACAGCUAUAGGGGGAGUUCAAAAAGUACAAAGAAAAAUACAGAUGAAUCAGUUGCAACAACAGGCUUCUCCAAAUGUUGAACGGAGGGAACCAAUCACAGUCAUCCUCAAGCUUGAAUCUAGCAAUGGAGCUGGACAAUCAACUGCAAGCAUAGUUACUCUCCCAACGAAAAAUAAUUGCUUAGCAAUAGGAGCUGGAGAUUCGCAGGCUCAAAAACAAGAAGUAAAACAGGAGGUCUGUACUACCUUUCAUGAAAACUGCUGUUGUGGGGAAUUUAAGAGUUCGAAUAUACGGCCCGUAAAAAGAGCUGAAGAUGGAGGAAAUGAUACAGCGAGUAAGAGUGAAAGCUGCAAAGAAAAGGGAGAUGGCGAUGGCUGAAUAACACUUAUUGCCUGUUGAGGUAUUCAGUAUCAACUAAUACUAUUGACUUGCUAAUAUUCGACAUGAUAAAAAUCACGUGACAUAUUACUACCUGUCAUAAAGUUUAUGUGUAUCGAUGUCCUGAAAUAUCCGGAUAUUUUUAUCUGUGUGUUACUAAUUUCAAUGUAUAGAAUGCAUGCGAAGAAACAAAUGCAUGAAUGUAUUUCUUAUUGAUUUCGUUAGCAAGAAGUUAUUGUCAUUCCCAGGCAAAUUCAUGUUGGCUGCCAGUUUUGCUCUAAAGCGAAAGUGAAGUUACCAAUAAACAUCAUUGUCAAGCCUGCGGAGAAAGAAUUCCGUAAAUUUCAUCUCGCAAAAAUGAACAAAAACGUUGAAAUGACAUGCUGUUUCAAAUUCACCAUGCUGUGAUUAUUAUUUCGGUGCCUGAUCAUUCCAUAUCAAAAUGAGGGCUUGUAAGAUUCUCGAACUAAAGUUCAUGAUUUUCGCAAAAAGUUGACCCUUAUCAGUGUGAAUUUACAUACAUUUUGUUUUUAUGCUCUCGAUGUCACUGAUGAUGUUGAUUCUUUAUAAUUAAUUUCUGCUACUAACAAUGAGCAAUAUGUACACAUAAUGAGAAUUUUUCAAUUCAGAUCUGUUGAAAUCACUUUAUAUGCACUUACAAUGGUGUUAUUGCAUAUUUUAGUUUCUCUGAUGUAUAUUUUGAAAUAUUAUUAGAUCGUUCUUUGCUAAAACUUCCUGAAAGAUUAUUUCAAGUGCUAGUACAUACCGAUACUCUAAGCUGUGAACUACCAAGGACCAUCCUUGGCUUUCUUGUUCAACACUUUUCUAAAUUUAAAAUAUUUUCGUAAACCACUUAUUCGAAUCAUGCUUCCACUCAGGGUGCAGGGCAGAGUUUCAAGGGCGCUUUUUUCCCUUUUUCUUCUGUCACCAGUGGUUCUAGUAAUCCUGAUAUGGCCCAUUCUCAUAACUCCAAUGCCGAGUAUAUUAUUUCACCUUUUUCUUUCAUAAUUUGAGUGAUCUGUCCAUGACUCGUGCUUCCAGAACGAUGUGAAUCGUUUGUUUCCUUCUCUCUUGUGUUUAAUUAUUUUUGACGACGUAGCUCGUUGGAUGAUGCCUUCAUUAUUUUAGGUAGAUAAAUUCUGAAUAAUUUGAGUAUUGUUUGCUUUAUUGGGUCCGAUUUUGUGGCCUAGCCAUAUCAAUAAAGAAUUUUAUUUUGGAUUGGCCGAUACAUACCUUAUCUUUGACGGUAUUUGUUUCUUUUGAAGCUUUUAGUAUCAAUUUCGAAUUACAGAUGUUGCGUGGUCCUGUAUACUAUGGAAAUGAAUUGACAUAGCACAGUAAUUUUAUAAUUCUUAUAUAUUGUGGUUCUCUGGUCAAGUGCCUUUAUUGGUGUAUAGUUGUUAUGGGGAUAUACCAAUAAUUGGAAUCUAUUCGAUGCCACAAUCGAUUUAAAGAACGGUAAAUGACAAAUUUUUUCUUUUCACUUUCAUAAGAAUUACAAAGAAUAAGCAUAUGCUUGACAAGAUUCUACAUCUCAGGAGGUAUUGGAUCCGAACAAACAGCAGUUCAAACUCGAAUAAUUUACACACGUGCAUCUAUUGUGAUUUUCUUAACUCCACUAAUUCCAAUUUAGCUAAACAACUACUCGUGCUUUAAUCUGACCGUGAAGCACCUUAUAUUUGAGUACGUUUACACUUGCAAAAAAGUAAUAUUUGUACAAAUGGAAUAUUAUUUAAUAAAGUUUAUCAAUAUUUUUGUA